AUGGCUUAUGAUGGAGAUCUCAGUGAUGAUGAAGACACUGGGUCUCAGGAUGAUGUGCCCCAAUCUCCCUCAAAAUACAAACCUCCCAGUGAUCAUGGUGGUCCUCCACUCAAUGUGAUAGAUGAAGAUGAGGAGGAGGAGCUUGCUAUGAUGGUUGACAGCCGUGAGAAGCAGACCCCCAAGCAUACAAGACGCCAUCAUGAUGAGAGCCAUGACUCAGAGGGGCAACAGGGGCUGACCAAGGAAGAUGCUAAGAUUCUGAGACAAUAUUACCCAGAAGACUCAGAGACUGCAGAGGGCCCCAGUGUGGCUGCCGUGGUAAGAGACCACUCCCAGAAAAUGGCCAAACUCAUGGCAGAGAGUGUGACUACAAAGACUAUGUUAGAUGUGGAGUCAAAGUUUGAUAAUGAUUUGGUAGCCCUGUACAGGGCUUCACCUACCAUGGACAAAGAUAAAUUUGAAGAAACUUAUACAGGAUUUCUCUUAACUGUGCAAGACUUGGAGAAGUUCCUUGGGGCCUACCUCAAUGCUGUGUUCAUGAGGAAAAUGAAAACACAAGAGGGGCUACAAGUGAUAACCAGAUUUACACCAAUCAUGUUCCGUCCAGGUAUUCGAACUGUGAUAAGUGAGAAAUUUGUUGAGAUGUUUAACUGGUAUGAGGGAGAUUUGGAAGAAGUGGCAAAAAUGUAUGAGAAACAUAAGGAUGCCCCUCAGAUGCUCCGGAAUGCUCCCCCCGUGGCAGGGGCCAUCCACUGGUCCAGGCAGCUGCUCAAACGUAUAGAAGACCCCAUGAAGGUCUUUCGUGAAAACAAAGCAAUUACACAGCUCAAAGACUUUGGCAGAGUGUGUAAAGUCUACAACAGACUGGCUACAGCUUUGGUGACUUUUGAAAGUCUGUGGUUUAGUGACUGGAAGUCCAGGAUAGAGCAGGCCAGGGAUGGACUCAGAGCCACUCUGUUUGUACAUCACCCAGAGACCAAGCAGGUGGUGGUUAAUGCUGAUGAAAGAGUGCUGGAACUUAUCCAUGAAGCCAAAUGGCUAACCAGGCUGGGCAUAGAAAUCCCAGAAUCUGCUCAAUCUGUCCUGAACCAGGAGGACCGCUUCAAGAGCUACAAGAGUCACCUAGAAUUGUGCCUUCAGGAGUUCCACAGUGUGUGCAACUCCAUCCCUGAGUCUCUCAAGCUCUUAUUUAAAUCUCACAUUGAACAAGUGCAAUUAAAUUUCCAACCAGGGUUGUCCACAUUGGCUUGGAACAGCAUGAAUAUAGAUGCCUUCCUUCACCAAAUCCACACAGCUACAUCCAAGCUGAAAGCACUGGUUGAUGGUGUAAACAAUAUAGUAGAUGUGAAAGUUCAGACAACCAUUGAUAAAGUUAAUGGCAUGUUCCUAUUUGACUAUGAUUUGGCUUUCUCUAAGUCUUGGCCUCCCCAAGAAUUCAUAGAAGUCAUUGUGCAAAGUGUCAAAGACAAGGCCAGGGAAAUGUAUGGCCAUGUGAGCACCAUUGAGAGGGGCAUGCAUGAGAUUGUUACCAUGCUGACCAAUAGAAAGGAUGGACCCCAGGCUCCAAAGCCUCCCUCAAAAGUUUCUUCGAAAUUGUCCAACAAAGGGAAAAAGCUAACAAAGGUUUAUAAUCGAUUUGAAUGCAUGCUUUCCAUUGAGUUUGAAUCUGAAAUUACUGCCUUUUUGAGCAUUUCUGAUGUGGAUUGUGUGUAA